UGCCGCCUGCCUUCCUCCGGCCGCGGGUCCCCUCCCGGGAGGCCGGCGAGGCGCCGGGACAGCAAGCAGCCUGGCCGCGGCCGCCGGGGGCGGGGGCGGCGGUUGCACCCGGCCCGGGAGGGUCAGGAGGUGACGCGAGGAGGCGGAGGCAGGAGGAAGAAGGGUGGUCGGGAGGGAGUGUCCGGUCCGUGGGCGCAGACAGCUCUGCCGGACCUCCGGCUCCCCCAACCCUGCCGCCGCAGUGAGCCCCGCAACGCGAGAGGGGAGUCCGCCGGAGCAGAAGGGAGAAAAUUCAAAACGAGUCUACUCAACCUCGUCUUGGCUCCGAGGCCCUGCCAUGGAGACCAGCGCAGUGCGCACGCGCACCCCUCCGGUAGGCGCAAUUCAGGCCCUUAAGGUUGGGCCCUUCUCGGCCACCGUCGCCCCAGUCCCUUCCGCGUCGUUUUCCUGCCCGGCACUUCCGCCCUGCAGCCUGAGGUAAUUGAUGUGUGCGGGCUGGGCGCCUGCGCGACGGGAACCUCGUGGUUUGGUCUGAGGAAGCUGAAGGUAGCAGAUCCUACCUUCCACGGCGCUUGCCGCGUGCUGACUGUCAACGCACACAUCUUUGUGGAGGAGUCUCGUGUGCACUUUCCGCCAUGGCACAACUCCAGGCACGGUUCUACACCGAGAACAAGAACUAUGCCGUAGAUGACGUUCCUUUCUCAAUCCCCGCUGCCUCUGAAGUUGCUGACCUUAGUAACAUCAUCAAUAAAUUGCUGGGGACCAAAAAUGAGCUCCAUAAACAUGUCGAGUUCGAUUUCCUUAUCAAGGGCCAGUUUCUUCGAAUGCCCUUGGUCAAACACAUGGAACUGGAAAAUAUUUCAUCGGAAGAGGUUGUGGAACUAGAAUAUGUGGAAAAAUACAACGCACCCCAGCCAGAGCAAUGUAUGUUCCAUGAUGACUGGAUCAGCUCGAUUGAAGGGACAGAAGAAUGGUAUGCCCCGGGGGUGUGCUUUUUGUUUUCUCUCUCUCUCUCUCAAGAUUUUUUUGUUUUUGUUUUUCGAGACAGGGUUUCUCUGUGGUUUUGGAGCCUGUCCUGGAACUAGCUCUGUAGACAAGGC